GUUCGUCGAAUUAGCCCACCACCGCCGUCAUCGCCGCAGCCACGUAACCAGAACAAAGUGCGUAGUCAUCGUCACGUACCACGUGCUGAUGGUGAAAAUGCAUCAUUUACAAGCAGUUCGCGGAUCGAGACAACUGUCGCUCAGGUUGUUGAAAAGGCUGCCGAGUAUGCACGACGAUAUGAUGAGAGCGCAUAUACCGAUGGUAAACAAACGAAAUACCGUGUUGCCGAUAUGAACAACACUGUGGUGAUCGCAGGCGGUAAUGAAGCAUUACUUGAAUACGAAGAAGAUGAUGAGCCCGAAUAUAAGAAGAUACGUCUUAUGAAUGACCAGGCCCUGACGAUAGAUUCGAGGCAAAUUGUGAACGCAGACGAGUUGCUGGUGAGUGAUUCGCCGAAGAACGAAGCGCAUUUGAGUUGCGAUUCGAAUGCACGAAUACACGCCGUGAAAGCUCGACAUGACAGAAUUGGCAAUAAUGUGUAUUUGGUAUCAGUCCCUGUUACAACGGAACCCGGAACCCAUGCGAUUGUUCAACAGCAACAUCAACAGCAGCAACAACAGCGACAACCAUCGCAUGCGGUGAUGUCUUUCGUACUUCUCUGGUUCUUGAUUGCCACUCUGGUGGGAUUGUUUCUGAGACAAGAAGAGAAGGAAUUUGAAUUUCUUCUGGAAUGGGAAGCGCCAUGGCCAGCACCACCAGUCCAGUUGGUGGACAGUGAUUCUGCACUGAUGGUCUGA